AUUGCCAGACCAGCCUCGGACUGUCCCCGUCGCGGUGGUGGGCGUGCUUUGGUCCCCCCCUGAGUGUAUGUGGGGGGCUGCCGUCGCUGCUUGUGCGAGCGGCCUCUUUUGCUCCGGGGCGCGGCUGGGGCUCCCCAUAGCGGAUCCUGGAAGAAGAAUGCAGGUCCGAAACCAAUUACGAGCAUCUGUGAUGGCAAGGAAGCCUCCAUGUUCAGAGGCAGUCUACCUAUGUCUCCCGUGAGGAGGAAGAGCACCGGUUGAAUGUCUACCCGCAGCCGCGGGAGUCGGAUCACGACCGGAAGUGCGGACCACGAUGAGGGCGGUCUUCUUCUGCUGGCCUCUUUAGGCUUGCCUGGUUUUGCGUAAGGAAGACCCGUGACGUUUCAUCUCGUGCGAGUUCUCGGCACAUCCGGGCACAUCUCGCGAGAUUUGGCUUGUCAGCGCGCCCGCCCUUCAUACAUCACGAGUUCUGUCCCAAGAUGGCGGCGCCCGUGUGGACGGCAAUGGCGGCUCGGAGGCGCCUCGAGGCCUUUGUAGGGAGACUUGGCAAUACUUCCUGGCACCUCUGUGCAAGGCGGGAUUUCCGGACCAGUGUUGCCUACUGCAAGAACCAAGCUGCACGGGUUCGUGUUGGGAAAGGGGACAAGCCCGUGACAUAUGAGGAAGCCCACCCACCACACUACAUCGCCCACCGUAAGGGCUGGCUCUCCCAGCACACAAGUCACCUGAGUGGUGAGGGAGGAGCAGCGGAGCGCGUCGUGGAGGACGUCUUCAUCCGCAGGUUCAUCUACGGCACCUUCCACAGCUGCCUGGCCAAUGAGAUUGUGCUGAAGCGCCGGGCCAACACCUUGGUCAUCUGUGUCGUUUUUGUGCAGCGGUUGCUCCCGUCUAAGUUCUAUUUUCUGAUCGGUUACACAGAGACAUUGCUCUCCUUCCUCUACAAGUGCCCAGUGAAGAUGGAAGUGCAGACGGUACCUGAAAAGGUGGUCUACAAGUACCUCUAGCUCUGGCUGUCCCACCCAUAGAAAUCUUCUCCUGGUGCUUGUCCCCCACCCAGGCCCAGCUGGAUGUCUUGCGUCACUUCCCCUUGAGCAGAAGGGACACGAGGCUGGAUGGAGUUGUGGCACCCGGGCUGUUCUACUUGGCAGCUGUUUCCUAAGAAGGAUGUUGAGCCUACAAGUGAAGAAGCAAAGGAUUUCACCCUUGACUCUUGCUUUGAAAUCAACACUUGUGUUUUUUUUAAUGUUGCUGAAAUCCAAACAAGGAAUGGUUGCUGCCCCAUUUAUGGUUCUUCCCAGAUCUGUUUCCUUGGAGCAUGUGGGAUUCCUGGCUACUGAACUAGGCCAAGAGCAUCCAGAGAAGCUAUUCCUAUCCCGUUGGCAUAACUCUGCUUCAGGCAAGAGCUUUAGAGCACCUUUUUUGCCCUUGCAGUCUCAGGGUGUUAAGGCGGGAGCUGUUCAAAGCAUCCCCUCCUGAAUUGCAGCCUCUUUGGGACAUUCCUGCAGAUUGCCAAAGGAAACAACAGAAUAUCUGGUAAAUACAGGCGGGGGGGUGUGACCCUGCUGCAGGGGGAUCUUUACUGUGGGCAGGGUAGGGAGAGAACCAGGCUGGUGUGUGCGUUCGUUCCCUCGCUCUCCCUGCCUCCACCACUUCACAAUUAAACGCUGGAAGGUGCGUGCUUCAAAGCGAGGGAGAGGAACGUAACCCUGCAGAGAACAGAGUUGUAGGGCAAAGUGACACAUUAUUGACUAGGUUUGGGGCCCAGCCAUGUGUAAUUUUGACUUAGGUAGUAAGUCCAGCUGAAGUCUGAAGACUGGCUGCCUGGGGAAACUUUCCAGCUCUUAAGAUGGGUGGUGGAGGCUGUUGACCUUUGUCAUCGGCGACUAUCACAUCACUGUUUGUUGGUGGCCUCUGAUACUCAGUCAUUGUCCAAUCAGCACCAGCACAUCAUUGGCUCCACUUGCUGGAAGAGCUCUGCAUUUUCCCAGCACAAAUACAGAAAAUGUAAUUUCCCUGGAACAGAAGUUGGGUUCCUUGAGAGUUUGGAUUCUGUGCAGCAAAUGAGCAAUGAAGGUGCGUUUGUUUUGCUAUAAAGCAAUUGCCCCAAAAGGCUUCUCUCUGAAAAAGAGAGAGGGAAGUUCUGGAUUAUGCCUUGACUCUUGUGCUGGAGUGGUAAAUGGAGGGAAUGCAGAACCUCUGAAACUUAAAAAACAAGGCCAGUAGAAUGGUGCAAAUGGUUCACUUGUAUCCCAGGCUCCCUGUAUAGGCGAGGCACAAUAAGUGCAGCCGGAUUGUUUUUUGUGCUUGCAUUGCCCCUGGCAUGGCGGAGAGGGCCUGGUUCCUUGAGGUCGUGCGGAAUCCAGUUGGCCUGAGAGACAGGACCCGACUAUGUUGCUAUGAGGGGAAAUACUUGGGUCUCUGGUAGCAGCUAAACCCUUGUAACAGCAGUGUGUGUUUGUGCUAAAAGGGAGAGGCGUCUGAACCUUAGUUUUCAUUCUCUUUUUUUUCUGAUUGCAGAUUUGGGGAUCAUUAAGAGCGAGUUACAGAGGGAGCCCCUCCCCCACCUCCAGCCUUUCCAUGCUGUGCAGGGAAGGAUAGAAGCCUCUUCCUUCCUCCCCCUCCCCCCUGUGGUCCAGCAGCCCUGCAGUAUUUGGGUGGGGUGGGGUGGGGAGGAACGUCCUGCUCCCUGCCUGGCAUGGAACCUAAGCGAGAGACGGAAAGAGGUCACCCUUUUCCCUUCCCACCGCCAGCAUGUGGUCCUCAGAGGUUAGCGCACAUCCCCCUCCCCGGAAAUCCUGCCCCCUGCCUUAAAUGAUUCUGCCCUGCUGCUGUAUCCACGAGGCGGCAGGGGCUCUGCACACGUUGUUUGUUUGUUUAGUGAUUACAUUUCUAUCCCACACUUCCUCCCA